CCCGCCACCAUUAACGUCAAUGAAAACAGACCAGCGCUAGCUUCGAGGGCCAGUCGCACCUGCACCAACCCCGCUCGAGCUUACCUGGACGCGUGCAUGAAGUGGGAUGUCUGCAGCCGACUGGUACGCUCACAAAUCUCUCGGAGACGGACUCUUCUGGAUCCAGGAGCGGUUUUAUCAGUCCGAGAACCGCGCUAACAUCUGGCUGCUCCGCGGCACGCACCAGGACGUGGUGAUAGACACGGGUCUGGGCUUGAGGAGCUUACCUGACUACAUCGACUCCAAGGGCCUGCUGGGCAAAGACCCGCAGAGGAAGAACCCGCUGCUGGCCAUCGCCACCCACGCCCACUUCGACCAUUCGGGCGGCCUGCAUCAGUUCCAACAGGUGGGCGUCCACAGCGCGGAGGUCGAUGCCCUGGCCAACGGAGACAAUUUCGAGACGGUCACCUGGCUCAGCGACAGGGAGAUAGCCGAGGCUCCCAGUCCGGGAUGGAGGGCCAGACACUACAAAGUCAAGGCUGUGCAGCCCACUCACAUCCUGCAGGAGGGUGAUGUGAUCAACCUGGGCGAUCGGCAGCUGACGGUGCUUCACAUGCCAGGUCACUCCCGGGGGAGCAUUUGCCUCCACGACCGCGACAAUAAGCUGCUCUUCAGUGGAGACGUUGUGUAUGACGGCGCCAUGAUCGACUGGCUGCCCUACAGUCACGUCAGUGACUACAUUAGCAGCUGCGAGCGUCUGGUGGGCCUGGUGGACAGCGAGCAGGUGGAUCAAGUCCUCCCGGGGCACUACAACACCUUCGGGGCGAAGCGGCUCCAUCGCCUUGCGACCUCCUACAUAAGCAGAGCUGAAACAUGCCCCGCAAAGUUCUCCACGUUCGCCUGGAGCACGCUGGCCGGCGUGGCGCUGCGGGCAUUUAACCCACGGAGUGCCUGCUAGUGACAGGGGAAGCACAUGUGCACAAGGAAAGAUGUUUAAGUAUGGAGCACAUGAAAGAGUGUAAGGUGUGGAAGUAUCCUUCUUUCAUAUGUAACUUAUUGUAACACUACUUAUUCACUUAUGUAAUCCAACAGAAAUCCCGAAAUUGCCAAACUUUGUGUAAAAUGACCCUACUGGGUUACAUAAGUCAAUAAUCAGCAUCAUAUCAAGUAUACUAUAUGAAGUAUUUAGAAGUGUAAUUCUGUUAUAUUCUAAUGAGUAUGUAUAUGUGGUUCUCAAUAUGAUUAGAUGUAUGUUUUUAUAUUUUAAGCAGAUGUGAAUUUACAAUAGCACAACAAUGGUACAACUCUGCACUACGAACAGAACGCAGGGAGCUGUGGGUUCCUCUCUGAGACAUGUGAAACAGUCUUAAUGGCCAUAGCAUUUCUCUAUGCAUAUUACAAUGCUCAGUGAAGACCCGGUGUGGACUACCUCCUUUGUUUGUAAGAGUGCUUUGUACUAUUGACUAAUCUACGGCUUUGCUAUCAAAAACAUUGACAAUAAAGUCUCUGUUUUACCCGUC